AUGGGAGAAGGCGCGAUACCCCUCGACAGAGCCUACCUCGUAGCCAUCUGGCUCGAGACUCUUUUCUACGGAUGCAACGUCUGUCUCUUCGCCUCCUACCUUUACGUCACCCGCUUCAGCCGCCAACCCCGCCACAUCUCCCCCUACAUCUUCUGGGUCGGCUGCCUCAUGUUCUGCUUCUCCACCGUGCACGUCUCCCUCGGCUUCGCCCGCCUCGUCUGGGGCUUCAUCGACUACCGGGAUGACCCCGGCGGGCCCGCCGCCUUUUUCUCUGACGUCUCCCAGCCCCCAAACGUCGCCAAGGUCAUCAUCCACACCGUGAACUCCAUCCUUGGCGACAGCAUCGUCGUCUGGAGGUGCUACCAUGUCUGGGCGGCGGAGUGGAAGGUGUGCGUGCUGCCUGUGCUCCUGAUCAUCGCUUCUGCAACAUACGCGGUAUACCGCCCCGCUCACAAGAGGGCACGCACAGUCUGUGGCUUUGGCCAAGCGUACAUCUUCGCGACCGCCAAGACGACACACAGCGCCUUUGCUGCGACCCUCGCGCGGUGGAACGGCUCCCUCUUCUCGCUAUCCUUCGCGACAAACGUAGUCGUCACAGGCCUGAUCGCAGCACGACUCUGGUACCUCUCGCGCGCUUCGGGCGCCUCGGGCGUGUACCGGUACCGCUUCGCACGCGCGUUCCUGCUCAUCAUCGAGUCCGCGAUGAUCUACUCUACCGCGGUGCUCAUCGAGAUCGUGCUCUACUUCUCCGGCAACAACGCGUUCUACAUCGUCUACGACCCCAUCGCCCAGCUCACCGGCAUGGUCCCCACGACGAUCAUCAUCGUCGCCGCGCUCGGGCUCACCUACUCCGAGGACUCCGCCGCGUCCACCACGCGCGCGUCCACGAUCCAGUUCAUGGCGAGCAGCGGCGCCGGCCGCGCUGCGCGCCGCUUCGCGUCCUCCGCGUCUCGCUCCGGGACAGACGUCGACCCCGAGAUUUCCGUCAUCGACAUCUCCGACGACAAGCCCGAGGGCGGGCUCGAAUUGCGGGCUUCUGCGCUCGCCUGGCGGUAG